GCCGCUGCCGCCAGGGCCGCUCCCAGGGCCAUGAGGAGGCGGCGGCAGCCACUGCGGCCCGCGUCAAGGUGACCGGCCGGGACUGCAGCGGCGGCGGCGAGAGCGGGCGCGGCUACUGUUUGCAAAGAGACGUGCGGGGAUGGUAUGUCCUAUUGGCCUGGGAUUAUGAAGCCCCACAUGUAUUCCUGGACUUCUCCAGACAGGUUAUGUCACCGACAGAGGCUGCCCUGAAGCUCCCUGCGGCCCGGAGACUAUGUACAAGAGGAAUGGCCUGAUGGCUAGCGUGUUGGUCACCUCCGCCACUCCACAGGGCAGCAGCAGCUCAGACUCUCUGGAGGGCCAGAGCUGCGACUCUGCCAGCAAGAGCUACGAUGCCGUUGUGUUUGAUGUCUUGAAAGUGAGUCCCGAGGAGUUUGCUAGCCAGAUCACGUUAAUGGACAUACCUGUGUUUAAAGCCAUCCAGCCGGAGGAACUGGCCAGCUGUGGAUGGAGUAAGAAGGAGAAACAUAGUCUCGCCCCCAACGUUGUGGCCUUUACCCGGAGGUUUAACCAGGUCAGUUUUUGGGUUGUACGAGAAAUUCUAACAGCACAGACUUUAAAAAUAAGGGCAGAAAUCCUGAGCCAUUUUGUGAAAAUAGCCAAGAAACUUCUAGAACUCAACAACCUUCAUUCUCUCAUGUCUGUGGUAUCAGCAUUACAAAGUGCACCCAUCUUCAGGCUGACAAAAACCUGGGCUCUUUUGAAUAGAAAAGACAAGACAACCUUUGAGAAAUUGGACUACCUGAUGUCUAAAGAAGAUAAUUACAAGCGGACCCGGGAAUAUAUCCGAAGCCUGAAGAUGGUUCCGAGUAUUCCCUAUCUAGGGAUCUAUCUUCUGGAUUUAAUUUACAUUGAUUCUGCAUAUCCUGCCUCAGGCAGCAUCAUGGAAAACGAACAAAGAUCCAAUCAGAUGAACAAUAUUCUCCGAAUAAUCGCUGAUUUACAAGUUUCCUGCAGCUACGAUCACCUCACAACCCUGCCCCACGUACAGAAGUACCUGAAGUCCGUGCGCUACAUCGAGGAGCUCCAGAAGUUUGUGGAGGAUGACAACUACAAACUGUCACUCAGAAUUGAGCCGGGAAGCAGCUCUCCGAGACUGGUCUCUUCCAAGGAAGAUCUUGCAGGCCCCUCCACUGGCGCCAGUUCCGCGAGGUUCAGCCGGCGGCCCACCUGUCCCGACGCGUCUGUUGCCGGCAGCCUGCCCACACCCCCUGUCCCGAGACACCGGAAGAGCCACAGCCUGGGAAACAAUAUGAUGUGUCAGUUGAGUGUAGUUGAGAGUAAAAGUGCGACAUUCCCAUCGGAGAAAGCGAGGCACCUGCUGGACGACAGUGUCCUAGAGUCUCGCAGCCCCCGCAGGGGCCUCGCCCUCACCUCCUCCUCUGCCGUCACCAAUGGACUCUCCCUAGGCAGUAGUGAGAGCUCAGAGUUUAGUGAAGAGAUGUCUUCAGGGCUGGAAAGCAGGGGACGUCUCUAUGCCACCCUGGGGCCCAACUGGCGCGUUCCAGUUCGGAAUUCUCCCAGGACCCGGAGCUGCGUCUACAGCCCCACGGGCCCAUGCAUCUGUACGCUGGGGAGCUCAGCCGCAGUGCCCACCAUGGAGGGUCCUCUGAGGAGGAAAACUCUGCUCAAGGAAGGACGGAAACCCGCGCUGUCCUCAUGGACCAGGUACUGGGUCAUACUCUCGGGAUCCACCCUCCUGUACUACGGAGCCAAGUCCUUGCGGGGCACGGACAGAAAACACUAUAAAUCCACACCUGGCAAAAAGGUCUCCGUUGUGGGCUGGAUGGUGCAGCUUCCUGAUGACCCCGAGCACCCCGAUAUCUUCCAGCUGAAUAACCCCGACAAAGGCAAUGUUUACAAGUUCCAGACUGGCUCCCGGUUCCACGCAAUACUGUGGCACAAGCAUUUGGAUGAUGCGUGUAAGAGCAACAGGCCUCAGGUACCUGCAAACCUUAUGUCAUUUGAAUAAGUCUCUGCAGGACUUGGCGCGACUUCAGAGGCUUCUGGAAGCCCAGCCUGGGACUGGUGGUGAAGCGCACGUCCUGGGCACAGGCUUUUGGCCAGGGUGCUUGGUGACUCACAGCCGGACUCACGGGGACUCGGCCUGUGGCCUCACGGUCCAGAGGGCUCUGCCAGUGCAGGGUCCACCUGCCAGUCCCCAGCGACUCUCAUACACUCAUUCUUCAGCGCCACCCCGCAGGGCCGUGGUUGGGCCCCAGGCUGUGUACCCCGCCCUCCCUCUCUGGGCCCUCGUCCGUCCACCAGCUGCUGCUUCGAUUAGAGAGCAUCCGGCCCACGUUGGGUCCCCCGUGCUUUCUCCUGCACAAGAGCGGACAAUGUUCACCUGCAUGAGGGGCCAGAGAGAAGGAACAGGCUACGGAGUUGGCUUUUUAUACCCCAAGUGCACGGGGCCGCUCGCCCACAGGGCUGCCUCGGAUUUUGUACAACCCACCCCCCCAAGCGUCCUCUGCGUGUGCGUGCCGUGUACGUGUGCGUGGGAGUGAGUGUGAACUCUUCGAGAAACAUGCAUUUUGGCACAAGACGUGUGACAUCACACCCUUCAUUCGCUUUGAGGCCCUGCUUUAACCUUACGUGAUAGCCUUGUCCACCGAGGAAGGUCAGAGAGAGAGCCCAGAUUCCUCCUAUGUUAAGGGUCCCGUGCAUUCUUUUACUGUAAACAAACAAUGCCUUAAA